GCGUUUUGACCAAUGAGAGUUUGUCGAGUAAAUGACCGGGCUCCAGUUAAGAGGAGUUAGAGGAGGAACUGGCAGUCCACUGAGAAAGAGACCCUCAGAAAUAAACAGAGUCAAGCAAGAGAAAUAAACACACCAAUCAGAACAACACGAGAUGCAGCGAGAACGUUCACUCCACAUCAGGAAGAUCUUGUAAGACAGUUCUUCAGAUUUGCGUAAAAUCAUGUCUACAUAUUGCUGAAGAAAAUGUAGAGCGAUCUUUCCGCUUCUUUUCAUGGGAAUCUGAGCUGCAACUUUACUACGUGAACGAAAUAUAUAACUGCUUAGUAGGAGAGGCAAUAGGUUGUUUUGGAUCUAGCUGACAGUCGCUUUGAACUUCACUUGAUGUGUUGCUUUUAGCAUUCGGAAGGCGAGACGAUUUUGCAAAACUGCUGAUCGAUAUUUUUUGUUAGAUUUUGAAGUUUAAGAGCUGCGAUUUAAGAGACUUGUUGUAGUACAUACACAUAUAUCAAUUUGUUUUAUUUAGCGUGAAGGUCCAAAGCACAGAAGCCCGUUGACCGAGGAAUCAUGUUGCUGGACGCUGGUCACCAGUUCCACGGCUUAGGAGUUGGCACUUUUGCCAGACAUCACUCAACAAGCGAGAUGCAGGACAGAGACUCGAGUUUAGCACAAAGUAGCUUUGUCGAUUCUCCGCACAUGGGGGCUUUUAAACUUAACCACGAUCUUUCUCCAGGACAGAGCUCGGCUUUCACUUCUCAGGGUCCGAGUUACCCCGCGGCGGCUUUGGGUGCACAUGCAGCUCAUGUCACCUCGUACGCGAGUUCGCCUUUUAACUCUACCAGGGAGUUUCUCUUUCGCAGCCGCGGCUUCGGGGAGUCAUCCCCGGCGAGCAGCCAGCACACAAUCUUCGGCCCUACAGCUGGCUCUCUCCAUCACUCCCAUGCGGACACUCAAGGCCACAUAUUGUUUCCUGGGAUCCACGAUCAACACGGGUCUCACGGCUCUCCAAAUGUCUUGAACGGACAAAUGCGCCUAGGACUACCGGGGGAUGUUUUUGGACGCUCGGAUCAAUAUCACCAGGUUUCCAGUCCCAGGACCGAUCCCUACUCUGCAGCCCAACUCCACAACCAGUACGGCUCUAUGAAUAUGAACAUGGGCAUGAAUAUGGCAGGUCAUCACCAUCACCCGGGAGCAUUUUUUAGGUACAUGAGACAGCAGUGUAUCAAGCAAGAGCUGAUUUGCAAGUGGAUCGACCCGGAACAGCUAAGCAACCCCAAGAAAAGUUGCAAUAAAACUUUCAGCACCAUGCACGAGCUCGUCACCCACGUUUCAGUGGAACAUGUUGGGGGACCCGAGCAGAGCAACCACAUAUGUUUUUGGGAAGAAUGUCCCAGAGAAAGCAAACCUUUCAAAGCUAAAUAUAAAUUGGUCAACCACAUUCGCGUUCAUACCGGGGAGAAGCCCUUCCCUUGCCCCUUUCCUGGAUGUGGCAAGGUUUUCGCCCGGUCGGAAAACUUGAAAAUACACAAACGAACCCAUACAGGUGAAAAACCAUUCCAGUGUGAGUUUGAAGGCUGUGACAGGCGCUUUGCAAACAGCAGUGACCGGAAGAAGCACAUGCAUGUCCAUACUUCAGAUAAACCGUAUCUGUGUAAAAUGUGUGACAAGUCCUACACUCACCCCAGCUCUCUGAGAAAACACAUGAAGGUCCAUGAGGCGUCUACUCAAAGCUCUGACUCCUCGCCUGCAGCGAGUUCUGGCUACGAAUCGUCCACACCCCCAGGCUUGGUCUCCCCAUCUACUGAAACCCAAAGCAACACGAAUCUGUCGCCUGCAUCAGCAGCACACAGUAACAAUGGUCACAACAGCCUUUCUUCCAAUUUCAGUGAAUGGUACGUCUAAGGAUCAUCUUUACAACAGAGAACCAUUCACCAGAACUCAAGAAAAUAUAUGUUGACCUGUGUAAAGAAGAAGAAAAUAAAUAUUGGACGCGUCAGUACAAUGGACAAAAAGAGCGACAGAAGAGUUGUAUUUGUGAAUACAUUAAAAAAAAUCAGCUGAAGAAACAGAUCAUUUGGGAAUUCCUAAACAUUUUGUAAAUACAUCAGAUUUUCUCUCUCCCGUAUGGUUAAUGAACUUUGUCAAUUUUGAUGUAUAGAUGUUCUUUCCAUGGUAGCUAUUAUUUGUCUAACUGGACUUUUUAACCUAGAGCACAUAAAAUAAGAGAACAUAUUUCUUUUGUACUAUGUUGUUAAAUAUUGUGAUCCAAUUUUAAGGUAACUUAAUUGUAAACAAAACAACUAUAAACUGGACAAGGUGCCAAAGUUUACACUUUUAACUAAGUCAGACACAAUAUUUGCUUGUGAAUGUAUAUUUUCGUUAGCUGGGUUUAACUUGUGAUGUUUUGUGCUUUGCAAGUUCGAUUUGUGAAAUACUAUUUGGAAGAUUGUGAGGAAAAUAAACGUCGUGCCGUUAAAUUUUCUGUACACCCUUCCUUUUGUAAAUAUCCAUUGCCAUAUUUAUCCAUUUGUAAUUAAAUUAUGGUAUUUACUUGAUACAGAUGAAACAAUAUUUAUAAAGAAUGUUUCCUAAUUAUAAAUAUGUACAAUUGUGGGCUAAACACGAACUGUUAUUAUUUUUAUUAUUUUUUAUUUUUUUCAAGGUCGAAAACGUGUUUUCUCCAUUUUUUGUGAUAAGUUCCAAGAGUUUUACUGCAUACAGGACUAUAAUAAAAUGUGUUGCAAGUGUUUAAUUAA